CGCCACGUCAUGUUCGCUCGCACGGACGCGGACGCCCCUCCGCCGCCCGACGACUGGGAGGAACACGUCAACAGGACGGGCUGGACCAUGGCCCAGAACAAGCUCUUUAAUAAGAUCCACAAAGCGCUGCAGUCCGACAGGCUGGCUCGCUUGGCUAACGAAGGGGCUUGCAACGAGCCGGUCCUGAGGAGGAUAGCGGUGGACAAAUGCGCUCGGAGGGUCCGCCAAGCUCUGGCCAGUGUGAACUGGGACACCAAACUGAUCCAGUGGCUUCACACGACGUUAGUGGAAACCCUCAGCUUGCCUGUGCUGGCAGCUUACUUGGAUGCUCUGCAAACGCUUAAAGGAAAGAUCCCCACCCUGAUCGACAGGAUGCUGCUCUCCUCUACCGCCAAGACGGGGGCGGCCGGCGCCGAGGCUCUGUCGCUGCUGCUGAAGCGACCCUGGGACCCGGCCGUGGGGGUCCUGUCCCAUAAUAAACCAAGCAAAUUGCCUGGCUCCCCUCUCAUCCUGAUCGCUUCUUCCGGACCCUCCAACUCCAUGUUCCCAACUUCUCGCCGGCACCGGUUCUGGCAGUCGCAGCUUUCCUGCUUGGGAAAGGUUCGUACGACGGGGAGAGGAAGUGCACGGUUGGGUGCAAACCGGCUUCUCUUCCGCAUCGAUUGUUGUUGGGACCCGUUGCCCUCGGGGAACGCCUUCGCUGAUGACCCUUCUUCCCUUUCAAACCGCAGGGGCAAAGUGGCCGAGAUCCACAGCCACUUCUCUCACAAGCCCAUCAUCCUGAUCGGGUGGAACACGGGUGCCUUAGUGGCCUGUCACGUUUCAGUGAUGGAGUACGUCACCGCUGUUGUGUGCCUUGGAUUCCCGCUCCUCACCGUCGAUGGCCCCAGAGGGGACGUCGACGACCCCCUCCUGGAGAUGAAGACCCCUGUCCUCUUUGUGAUCGGUCAGAAUUCCCUGCAGUGCAACGUCGAAGCGAUGGAAGAUUUCCGGGAGAAAAUACGAGCUGAUAACAGCAUGGUGGUGGUGGGAGGAGCCGAUGACAGUCUCAGGAUAAGCAAAGCCAAAAAGAAGUCAGAAGGCCUGACCCAGAGCAUGGUGGACAGAUGCAUCCAGGAUGAAAUAGCCGACUUCUUGACUGGAGUCCUCACCCGAGUGAGCCACUCGGGCUCCGAUCCCCGCGACCUGGACGCUGAGAAGAAGAAGAAGCCGCGUGACUCGACCCGGAGGGAUCUGUCCUUUGACUUGCCCGAAAGAAGCAGCAGGCCCACCUCGCCUGCAGCCAAAGUGCCCGCCUCGCCUUCAGGCUCCGAGGACUUAUCCAGCGUCUCCAGCAGCCCCACUUCGAGCCCCAAGACAAAAAUGGCUGCGGUGUCGUCCCUCCAGAAGCCCGGCCAGAUCGGCGCCACGCAGCUCCUCAAGAGGCAGGCGCAGAGGACGGACACCGUCCUGACGCACAAGCAGGCGCAAGCUCAGUUCGCUGCUUUUCUGAAACAAAACAUGCUGGUGAGGAAAGCUCUUCCUCCUGGCACCUCUUCAUGUCUCUUUG